AUGCAGAAAAAGCCAAUUUCGCGGAGGGCGGGUGAGGCGAUACAGAACAGCCGCACGAGAACAUGCGCAAACAUCGUUCUUUCUCGCAAUUUACCGUUGUGGACGCCAUUAUCGUUCUCCGAGAGAGGGGCCGAGAUUUGGGAAAUAGUUCGAGUUUUGCAGCGGCAAACGCAAUCAACACGUGUGGGAAGGAGAAUGUCCACUGAGGACAACAGCAGUGAUGGAAUGACAUCUGUGUCUACUGCAUCACUGGUGGUGGAACACAUGCCCCUGUCCAUAAGCCAGCUCACAGAGAAUUCACAGCCUGAGGGGGUCAUGCCCUCAGAUGGAGUUCUGACCAUUGCAGUGGAUGCAAACAAUUCAGUUCUACAGGAGUCAUUCUCUGGUAGUGAUCAGGACAUUAAAGAUGAGCCUCCCAGCAAGAGAGUACGAUAUGAUACAGGAAAUGGGGAACUCUCACAAGACCAGUCUAUAAAGAGUCUCCUCUUCACAAUAAAUAAGGCAAUCUGUAUGAGACUGGAUGGGAUAGAGAACAGUAUAGAGAUCCUAAGUGGUCGCACCAAGUAUCUGGAGGAGAAGUUAGAGGAACUGAUCAGUCAUGUCAAGGACAGCUCCCCGGGGGACCACAGCAGCACCCAGUCCAACCCCUCGGUGGGCUCCAUAGUACAGGCUCAAGCUAAGGGAGCUGUCUUGGUUGGACUUUCUCAAGGAACAAAAGUAGAACCACAGAGUCCUAUGAAUGGAAUGAGUACAGGAGUGGAGAGCAUACAGAACAUGGGACUUGGACCUAAUGUAACUCUAAUCACCCUCAACUCAGAAGAGGAUUUUCCUCAUGGAACCUGGCUUGGAGAUGAGACAAACCCAGAGAUGCGAGUCAGAGUCCCAAUAACUCCCAGUGAUUUACUGCACAUUCAUUCCAACUGUCGGACUCCAGAAAAAAUGGCGUUGACCAUGUUAGAUUAUUUAUUUGAUCGGGAAACUCAAGCUACGUCAAACCUGUCUGGUAUGGGGAAGUAUGGAAAGAAACAGUUAGAUCCAUUGAUGAUCUAUGGAAUCAGGUGCCAUUUAAUCCACAGAUUUAACAUAACAGAGAGUGACUGGCAUAGAAUAAAACAGAACAUAGACUCUAAGUGUCGUACAGCAUUUCGUAGGAAACAGCGGGGAAUGCCUCUGACAGUUAAAGCGUUCCGAGGGAAGGCCACGCCUACUUAUGUCCAGAUGAACCCUGCUGACAGCUCCCUCAGUGAUGAGGACUCCAUGCAGGACUCAGAGCUACACAUUAAUCAUGAUCAAGACCUGAAGCACACUGUGGCAGCAAUGGCAGGUGAUGGACUCCCACCUGGAGAGAUCCAGAUCCUCCACGCCACUCCGGAGCAGAUCUCCCAGCUCCAACAGGCCCAUCACAUCCAGAUCCUGCAGGGCGACCAGGUCAUACAGAUGCCAGUCGGUGUUCCACUGUCUCAGGAAGAUACACAAAAUAUCCAGGUUGCUGUCUCACUUCCUCAACCCACGAGCGUUCAGGUUGCCACGGUAACAACAGACAGUGGGGAGAUAGUGCAGAUUCAGCAGUCCUAGCAUCUGUUUGCUUCUGUCAGCUAUCAGAGGAGAAAUCCCAAGAAGUCCCAAAGUCUUAGAUCCCACUUCUUGCAUGUCAAAUAUUAAGGGAAUAAUCCCAAUGGACUUGCACAAAGGAUCAAAGGACUUACACAAAGGAUAUACUUACUACCUAGCGAUCUGAUCAUCAGUGUUUUCAUGUCAACUUUUACGGGAGUAAUCCUACAGGACAGAAAAGGCUCAGUUGCUCAGUCUUUUACCCACUGUGUGUUCGUAAGUUAGUUACUAGUAAAAAACAGAGAAUACGUUAACUGUGUGCAGUUGUUGGAUUUCUCGCAUCAGAAACAAUGCUCAGGAUGUCAGUAGCUAAGGUUUAAUGCUGGACGCCAAAGGAACACUGCAGUAUUUGUUCUGUAUUUAUGUUUUCUAUGAUAUUUGUUUUGUUUUUCCUUAUGAUGCCUUUAUAUAAACGCACAGGUCUCAAAAGGCCAGUACAUGUCAUGUUUAUGCAUGUACAUAUAAUUCAUAUAGAUAACUUAUUAAUAUUUAUUUGAAAAUGUAGUCUGAUUUUUGGAAAUUUAUAAGUUUUAUUUAUUUCUAUAGUGUUUAUUUGUGACACAGACCAUUGAGACUGCAGCGAAGCUUGAGGACUUGUAAAUUAUCUCUUAGGUGAAAAAUGAACAAUACAAACCAAAGGGAAGUUGUGAAAUGUAUUAUAGGUUGAUGCAACGCAAAUUAAUUUUUUUUUUUAACUUUUGCGUUCAGAAACUGGACUUCUGUUUUUCCUUGGGUGGGUGGGUGGGGUUGGGGGUAUGGUCAGGUUAGCAUCUUAAAGGGUAUGGAACUCUCAUUCUGAUACAUUCCAAAGCAUGAUCUAUGAUUAUAAUUUGUAUUUUGAGUGAGACUAGAGGGUGAAAAUUAUACAACUUUCCUCCAUUAUGUUAAAGCUAACUUAAUGGGUUCUUCAAACAUAUAAUAUUUAAGUGUGUGUGUCGAUCUGCACAUAAUUAUUUUUUAUUUUGAAUACAUUUCUUUGUAUGGAAUGAUUUAAUGAUGUACUUGUGUCAAUAUUUUCUCAUACAAACAUGUCAUCUUGCUCAAAAUUUACAGAUUGAAUGUGGAAUACUCAAAAUAUUUUUAUUUAAGAUGAUGAGAAAAUAUAUGAAAUGAAAAUAUUCAAAUUUUGUCUUUUU